CUUAAUGUUGUAGUUGUUUGUAGUUUUAUUUUACAAUAUUUUAUAAAAAUGAAUAUUGAAAGCGCGGCAGUAAAUAUCUUAAAGCGUGGAGUAGAGUUAGACACAAAGAAAAGGUAUACUGAAGCGCUCGUUUGUUAUCAAGAAGGGUUACAAAUAUUAGUUGACAAAAUAAAAGGUGAAGUAGAUGAUUCAAACAAGAGUUAUCUUAGGAAAAAAGUGGAGGAGUAUAUGAAUAGGGCUGAGGCGAUAAAGAAACUCGUAUUGCAACAGAAAGAAGCUGGCCAGUUUCAUGAACAAGUGCACAUAGAGAACAAUUCUACGGGACACGGUUAUAAGACUUUAUUCGGAAGAUUUUUAGACGACGAUGUACAAUAUGUUUCUGUUGAGGACCCUUAUAUUAGAAGUUUUCACCAGUGUCAGAACUUCCUGAGGCUAUGUGAGCUUCUUGUCCGUUCUUGUACAAACCUGCAAUUAAUUGAACUAAUCACAUCAAAAGAUGGCAGAUCAGAAGGAGACCAGCGAGAGUGGUUCAGCAACUUAAGUACAGACUUAGCUAAAUACAGGGUGAAACUUGUUGUUAAAUACUCAGAGACUUUACAUGACCGCCAGAUUACAUUAGGUUCUGGCUGGAUAAUCAAAAUUGGACGAGGUCUAGAUUUCUACAAAGCUCCAGAAAAUAAAUUCUGUCUAGGUGUAUAUGAUUUAGAUUUAAGGCCUUGCCAUGAGACUACAGUGGAUAUAGUUCACUCUAAAAAUGUGAAGCAGUCUUACGGAUGAAAUCUGUAAUGCUUAGAUUAAGACAAAAAUUAUUAAAUCAAAAACUGUUUGGACAUGAAA